CACCGCUGGAGCUGCUGAGAGAGUCGGAAAAUGGCUGCUGCGAGAAUGUUUUUUAGGGGACUUUUCCUAAAUCUUAAGGAUGAUAAACAGAGAAGACAAAAGAAAUGAAGAGAGAAGGUUAAAACAAAACCUCUCAUCUGAGAUUUGACCUCAGAAGGGAAAUCCUGGAGGUGAAGCCAUUGCAGAGAAGGAGCAAAAGAAGGAAGUGUUUGUGUGACAAGAAAGCCACUUAAAUGAUGAAAAAAUUCACACUGUUUGAUUUUGUAAAUGAUAAUUCACUGCAAAUUGGAGAGACUUCCUGGAUACAGGACCUUCCCUGUGACGACAAUGAACUAGAAAGACUUCUGAAACCUAAUGAGCAUGUACUAGUGAACUGGCCUGUGGGAGAAAGAAAGACAGAAAAGCACCUGGUGAAAGUUGUGUACAUGAGUGAUGAUCCCCAAGAGCUGGUAGAAAUGAUGCAAAAGAUAUUACGAGCAGAUGAAAUUACAAAAAUACAAGUCCUUGGAAAAGGCAAGAGAAAGAGGAUAGAAAUGAUAUUCUCAGAAAGUGAGGACAGUGACCUGGAUAAAGAAAAGGGGAAGAUGAUGAAACAUAUAAAAAGAAAGAAAUCAUUGCAGGCAUCUACUCCUGCCAACAUCCUGAGUCAACUUGAAACAUCUUUAAUUAACAAACAGAGAGAACCAUACUCAGGAAGCAACUUUCUAUAUAGUGAAAGUAGCAGUGAUGAUGAAGAGCCUUUAUUUCAACUCUCCAAGGUAGAACUAUGUGCCAAAAUUAAAAGUCUCAAGAGGAAGCUGACAGAUACCAUGAGAGAAAACUGCCGCCUAAGGCAGUCCCUGGUGAUGCUUCAAGUGUUGCCGCAGGCAGUCACUCAUUUUGAGGAGCUGGUAGGGAUGGCUGAAGCGCUGCUCAAAGGAGGAGUGACAUCAUCUACGUCCAGUCUGCAUCCACAUGCUGUUUGGAAGGCAUCUCACAAUCCAUUAGCAGAUUCCUAUGCAGCUAUGCAUAGUAACUCCAGCUCACCAAUAACUUUGAAUGUGGAAGAUGAGGAGCAACAGACUGAAAAACAGUUCAAGAUCGAAAAGUGGCAGAUUGCACUUUGUAACAAGAGCAAACCUCAAAAAUUUAUAAAUGACUUGAUGCAAGCACUUUAUACACAUGAAUACAUGGCUACACACAGCCUGACCGGUGCAAAGUCCUCCUCUUCAAAGGAUAAAGCGGCAAAACCAGCUAUGAAUCAGAAUGAAGUUCAGGAAAUCAUAGGAAUCACAAAACAGUUGUUUCCAAACACAGAUGAUGCUUUAAUUAGGCGAAUGAUGGGACAAAAACUGAACAAUUGCACCAAGAAGCCAAUUUUAAGCAAAGAUCUUAACUCAGGUGCUUUUCAGAAACAUAGCUUUUGUGGUUCAACAGCUGCUCCUCAGGGCAUCAUCUCUUUGGCUGCUCCUCCUUGUACGCAAGACCAGAAGGAUGAUGAUUCACCAGCUGCUAAUGCACAACUUCAGCAAAGUGACAGCUGCCUGACUCCUCCACCUCCCACCCCAGAAGGUCAGCAAGAGUGUCCCAAACCCACUUCUUCUAAGGCGGAGUCUCAACUCGCCAGCAGCUCACCAGCGCCCUCUCCCAACCAAGGUUGUGGACAGGAUCUCAGGAAUUCAGACAAGAAUUAACAGAAGUUUCAUUCCAGCUCACAUGCUCAAUGGAGAUUAAGAAGCAGUAUAAAAUAAGAAAGAAAUAAUAUCUAAAUUUUACUAGAUAUAUGGUAGUGUCCAACAGUGGACAGAGACAGAUGCCUGAGAACUCUUUUUUUCUCAAACAAAUGAAAAUCCCAUACUCUAGAAAAAAAAAAAAUGAAGGUGUAUUAAUAUAUUUGGAUUUAAGAUGUUAUAAGAUAUAUGCAUGUUAUGUGAUAAUUAAAACUUGUACUGAAGGACAAAAGUAGAGUUCCCCUUAGUUAGAAAAAAACAUUAUUUAAUGUACUACCAAAAGAAUAUAUAUAAGGAACCUUGCUUUCACCUUGACAGCUGAGGGAAAACUGCUUAAUUGAUCAAAGAAAGCUACUGUAUACUAAUGCAAAAAAAAUAUAGUGAUAUGGAGAGAAAAAUAGAAAGAUCUCCUAGUGAAAUGAAGACUGUGGCCAGCACAGGAGCAGAAAGCACAGGGCCACAUGAGCAGAGAAGAAAUAAAAUAUAUGUUUAAGGCUGCUACUAACUUGGAAAACAAAAAAACUUAGGACAAUGAAACUGAAACUUUGAAGAUAUCCACAGGAAAGAAGCAGCUAUUUUUUAACCUCUCGAAGUAGGAAAGGCAAUGGAAGAAGCCAUGUUCCUUUGUAGCUCAGGGAAGAGUCCUCCAGGAGAGCCUGUUUAGUUAUAGAAGCCAUUUUCUUACAGGGAUUCUGCUGCUGGUACUCUGCUGGUUUGGCAGCUCUUGCUCUUUCUCUUCUUCCCUGACCAUCAGGUCCAUAGAAUAAGGGUGCCUGGUCCCUUCAGUUUGGAAAUAGAGGACACUUAAGCAGAAGCAACUAGUAAAGGGCAGAGUUGCCAGUUUCUACUCCCUGUGUUUUGAUUUUGGUAUGCUACUCCUUGCUUGGAGAAAGGGUGGACAGGCAGAAUAUUCCUCAUGGGACUAGGACCAGAAAAAUCCCAGUAUCUGGGCAGUUCCCCUAGAGAUCUGACACCACUUCUUCCAGGAAGCAGCUGGCAGUCACACAGACCCUAUAAUAGCCUUAGGAGGAGGAGUGGAAGGUGCACGUUCCCCAGGGUAGUGGUUACAGCACCAAGGCUGGCAGAAUUCAAGAAGUGUUUGG